AUGUUCCUCUUCAAACACGGCAGCCGGCGCGCCGUCCAAGCCAUCCAAACACACACCACCCAACGCUUCGCCUCCAAAAUCUCCAUCCCCUUCCAACCACCCCCGGUCCCCAUCAUCGAAAAAUGUCCCUCCCCAACCUGCCUAUGCAGAGAACCCCCGUCAGGCCUCGACAUCGAAAGAGAACAAAACAUCAACGGAUCCAUGGCAGCAUACGCCGAGCAAGUCCUCAUCAGCACAGGCAGAGACGACUGGAAGAGCCGGACAGAAGAUGAAGAGGAUGCGGUGUUGGUCAAUCAGCUGAAGAAGAACCUCACGCGGGGUGGGAAGUUUGUCGAUCCCUACCACAACAUCUUGAUCACAAACUCCUCUUUCCCUCCCACACCUUCAACAAGAAGAUCCACCCCCAACCCAGGCAAAGACCCCUCCUCCAGCACAAGCACAACAGACUCAGCCUCCGCCUUCCUCCUCCCCUCCUUCCAAUACAUCCCCUCCAUCCCCACGACCAACCCAUCCUCCAUCGAAACCUUCAUCAAAGCCUUCCUCCUCCCCCCAAAACUCCACAACGCCCACUCCCGCCUCAACCGCGCCGAACAAAACAUCCUCCUCCGCGAGGCAGAACUCCAAGCCCAAUUCCCCGGCGCGCGCGACGUCGACGAGAUCCUGAUCCUCAUCUGCGGACACGGCGGCCGGGACGAUCGAUGCGGGAAACUAGGCCCCCUCCUACGCGAAGAAUUCCAGGAGAAACUGCAACGACAGAACAUCCCCCUUUCGCACUCGCCACCGCCUCUCGAGGCUGAAGUCGUCGACACGGCUGUGGAAGGGUACGUCCCCACUGCGCGAGUGGGGUUGAUCUCGCAUAUCGGGGGACACAAGUGGGCGGGGAAUGUGAUUGUGUAUAUCCCGCCGAGUUUCGAGCGGAAUUCCCUCGCGGGCAAGGGGAUUUGGUAUGGACGGGUGGGACCGGAGCAUGUAGAGGGGAUUGUGCAGAAGACGGUGUUGGAGGGGAAGGUGAUUAAGGAGUUGUUCAGGGGUGGGAUUGAUAGGAGUGGGGAGAUUAUACGCUUGUGA